CAUCAAUCCGUAUCAGAUUCAGAGGUUCGAACUGCAGAUAUAUGUAACAACUCGUCGGGGUGGUCGCAAAUCGCUGGAUCACUUCUCAACACCAAAGAGACCUAGCCGGUAGUAACGUCACAGGUCUCCCCCUGGGCCCUUCAAUUUAUUCUUCGCUCUAAACCCCACUAGAGACCAUCACACAAUGAGCACCGCCGCAAAGGAGCGAAAGCGAGCAGCAGACCGCGAAGCCCAGCGCCACAAUCGCGCUCGAACCAAGGCCUAUAUCGCCUACCUAGAAAAGACCCUCCAAGAUCUAUCCAGCCCCAGCGGGGAAGGGCAAAACACCCUCGGCCACCAGAUCGCCCAGCAGCAAGAGAAGAUCAACCACCUCCAGGAAACCCUGCGCAAGAUCGCCAGUCUCGCCCAGGACGCCGCGAAUCCACUUUCUACUUCAUCUUCAGCUACUUCGAAUCCAGCCGGGCCACCUUCCGGCCCACCUCAGCCUCUAGCUGAGGAGGAACCCCUUCCCACCGGCGCAUGCAACGUCCUUCCCGCGGCCACUGGCUUCUUCGGCUUAGAUCUGAUAUGCUCUGACCGGGAGCGGAACUAUCUCGCGGUGCUGGGCAGCGCCGUGACGCUGGUGCAGUACUGUUCCCCUGGUCUGUCGGAGAACCCGAGGUCAGGAUCAGCAAACGACGACGAUUUCUGCAUUCGCGCCGUCGUCGACGGCUGGAAGGUCGCCACGACGCGAACCGAGGCCGAUGUGGUCUGGAGUCUGCUGCAGGCGAUCGACGAGGGCCUGUUCUACCGGACUGAUUCCGUGACGCGGAUUGCGCUGCUGCGGAUCAUGAGACCCAUGCUGUUGCAGAGGAUAGGCAUUGUCCACGAAGCUUCAUCGCUUCCAGGGUAUAUGCUUGCUACCCCCGUGCAAACUAGUGUUGCGCAUCAGCCGUUCCUCGACUUCUUUCCGUGGCCACAGUUCCGAGAUACCUGGAUCCUGAAAGGUAUGGAAUACGCGGACGAGAACUGCGCCGCGUCGUUCGGCACCCGGAUCCGCUUCGCGUGGCCCUACGAGCUCCGCGAUGUGUACAAGAGAAACGUCCUGAGCGAGACGGUGUCCUUCUCCGCGUAAUUUGAGAGCCGGUACCAAGAUCUGAGCAGCUGGAAGCUUGAUUCGGAAGGGGACUGGCUACAGUGGUCGUCGGAGGGGUGUCCAGUCCUGCCGGAGGGGCUGCCAUCGCUU